UAAAAGCGCUCAUUAUCAUAUUUUAUUCUUGGAUGCAUUCGUAUUUAGCUUGCCUGCUUGGUAAACGCACUCUCGAGAAAUUAUUCCCACGUGGUCCGGAGGAAGUCAGCUGGGUUAAUAAAUAAAGUAUAAAUAAAUAAGGCGGGAGUUACUCUGCGCCCACAAAAAGGAGUCCAACCCUGUGGCACUCGCCCUUUUCCCUGCGCGGGUCCCGGAGCCUCCCCUCCCCCGCCUCUGGCCCAGUGUAACGCGGCUCUGCGUGGCCCCUACCUGCCGAUGGGAGUGCCCCAUCACCAGGAACACCUCGCCCUUCCUCCGCUCUGGGCUUGAGCUUUACUACUUUCCGGGGAGCAUGGAGCCCGUCACAGCGUGGAGCCCCGACCGGGUCUGCGAAUGGCUGAAAGGCCUGGAGGCCUCGCUGCAGCAGUAUCCUUUCCAGGAGUGGCAGCUGUCAGGCCAGGAGUUGCUGACUCUUUCCUACCGGGAGCUGGAGCAGCUGGGCGUGAAGAGGAUUGGCCACCAGGAGCUCAUCCUGGAUGCCGUGGAGAAGCUGUGCUCACUGACGUAUAGCAUGCCUGAGGAGAGCCUGCGCAGCCUGACGGAAAAACUGCGCACCGUGGCGCACUCGCUGCUGAUGGGGAUCCAAGGCCGAUGGAAGGUGAAGUCCUACAGUGGUCACAGUGCCACCAAGCUGCCCACUGCGGUACUGCAGGCCCUCCUUGACGUCAUUUUGGCGGCCAAGGGCCUCUUCUCCCUACUGAACAGGUACCACUUUGCUGAGCUCCGCAGCCGUUUCGACAGCCGGGACAUCCUGAGCCAGUGCCAGGAGCUGGGCAGCGUGGUGCAUAAGGAUGUCACAGUGUAUGAACGGGAGAAGGACCUCAUCUCCAUCUGUCGCCAUCUAGUGGACAUUUGUGAUAACAUCCUGAGCAGCAGCCCCGAGGACCUACUCAGCCACACUGUCCACCUUGAGAGCGUACAACUGGUGCCUGUUUCCCCUGGCGACCAGCUGGGAAUUGAAAUCACCACCACAAGCUCGGGGGGUCACUACAUCACGGGCACGACCUCUGAGUCGCCUGCCGAGUUCUGCGAGGGGAUCCUAGUUGGGGACGAGGUGAUCCAGGUCAACGAUCAGAUAGUGGUGGGCUGGAGCCGGGCUAACCUGGUGCGGAAGCUGCAGGAGAAGCCCAGUGGAGUUACCCUGGUCCUGAAGAAAGUUCCGGUGUCCAAGAGGCAGGAGAGGGUGACUGGUCCAGCCCCCACCGAGGACGAGGAGCACCCCUCUCUGCUGGGCCGGGUCACGGCCUCCGUGCGCUCCCUCUCCUUCAGGGCCGCGGUCCAAGCCACGGACGCCACAGGAUCCAUGGGCCAGGAGGAGUCGGAACUGGCGUUUGACAGCACACAGCCGGGGAACUCCCCUGACCUCCCAGCACUCACCUGCUAUACAGCCCGGGACGGGGACGAGGACAGCACUGCCGAAGGAGACCACCCGCUGGAAGCCUCAGCCAGAACUGGCCGGGGAAGCGUAAGCUCCUGCCCAGAGAUGACCAGAGAGAAGGAUGGAAGCCAAGCCAAGAAGUCCAGCAUGAAAGGCACACGCACAGCCAUGAGCCGCCGCCGCGUUUCCUGCCGUGAGCUGGGCCGGGCCGACUGCGAUGGCUGGCUCUGGAAGAAGAAGAAAGAGAGCGGAGUCUUUCUCACCUCCAAGUGGCAGCGGUUCUGGUUUGUGCUGAAGGGUCCCACGUUGUACUGGUACACCAGCCAGCAGGAGGAGAAGGCAGAGGGUCUGGUGAAGAUCCCCAGCUACAGCAUCGAGAGCGCAGGCGAGCACAAGAGGAAAUAUGUCUUUAAAGUGUGCCACCAGCGCUUCCAGACGUUCUUCAUCGCUGCAGACAACGUCAAUGACAUGAGCAAGUGGAUUAACUGCUUAAUAACAGCGAUUCAGAAGUAUAAGAAGCUUCACAAGGACCCCCCCAACAGUGAGAACGAGUGCUACAGUGAAACUGAACCCGAAGAUGAGGGUUCCUCCUCCCCACGAAGCCAAAGGAGCAGGGGAAACGCGAAACCCGAGAGUCACACCCUGCCCAAGUCGAAAGGGAGGAAGAUGAAGGAGUCAGGGCCGAGCCCGGUAUUUUCUCCCAGCACUGGGCACAGCAAAGCUUCCGUUGCUGCGGUUGCAGGGCCGACCGAGGACGAGAUGGGCAUGCUGCUCUACCAGCUGAAGGAGGGCGGGGUCUCUAUCACCGGUCAGACGCAGCCACUGACUCACGACCACUUCCGGAGGUCCUUCAUUCGGCGCAACAAGAACCCCAUCAUCAACGAGAAGGCACAUUCCCUGCGGGCCCUUCAGAGCACGCUCAAGGCAAAAGAGGCUGAACUUCAGGUGAUUAACUUUGUCCUGGAGGAUAGCAGCCUGACCGCUGACAAGUUCCGCCAGUGGAAGGAAUGUCACGAGGACCUUUUCCAGGAGAUUGAGAGGCUGUCCAUGAGCAGGAGCCAAGGGCAGGCCCAGGCACAAGCCCAGAACCCCGAGGGCAGCCAGGAGAACAGUGCCAUGGAGCAGCAUGUUUCCGGGGUCAGGCUGAGCUAUGGGGAGCAGCUGGUGGAUCCAGAGGACAGCGGGAGCCCUGCCUCGGGUCCGAAAGGGAGGCCGGACGGGCCUUCAGGGUCCUCCGAGUCCUUCUACAUCUGAGCCACAUGCAGUUGUGCAUGGUGAUGCGUAUGCAGCUCCCCCUAGGGGUGGCCAAGGUGGCGUGCAGCCAGGUGUGCCGACAAAGGACUGAACAAGUGACUAACAGCCUCCCGCUUUAGAUGUGACGUUUGCCUGCCUCCGGGGGGCGCUCACUUUCACAAAAUUAAAUUCACUUAAUAUUUAUCUGCCCACAGAGAAAUCUGGUCAUGUACUGGGUUACAGGUUUUGUCUUAGAGUAAAAUAUUUUUGCAUAAACUGAAUAUUAAUAAUUUUAUUGUGUAUAUAAAAAUGUGAAUACUGAUUUUAUACUUAGACAAAAAAAAACUUCUGAUGUACGAAAAUUACCUCAUUAGGAUUCUGCCACGUGUAAAUACUGUUCGCUUAGAGCUUGUCUUGUUGUUUUUCUUAAAUUUUUUUUAGUCAUCUGUUGGGUCAUUGCCACCCCUACCUGAAUUUGAAAGGCAGGGACAAGAGACUCAUUUGCUAUCAUGUGACAAAUGGAGAAGAGGCUGAGGUAAUGGGGCUAGGGAUGCUGGAGGAGGUCCUGCACUCAUCUUGGAGGGAGGAGGUCCUGCGCUCGUGCUGGAGGGAGGAGGUCCUGCGCUCCUCUUGCUGGGACGUUGGUAUCAGUGUCACCAAGAUGUCUGUGAAGUCGGAGCGCUUUCAGCAGCCUGUCUGUGCUGCAGUUCCUCCUACAUGCUACGAUUGUACAUUGGGUUGCCAUCUGUCCCUUACAGUAUGGGAUUGUUCCAUAUUGGAAGAACUGCUGCAUCCAUAAUAUACGUGGUGAUGCUGUAUUAUAAGGGGCAGGUGCCGACCCUAACGACACCUAUGACUAUACCUGAAUAGAGGCUAAAUCAUGCUUCCAGAA